CAACAUGGCAGCCCAAACAGCUGUUCCUCAAACUGCACGUCCGUGGAAUCCCGAAUUCACUCACUCAGACCGAGAAAGGUGGAUUUGCAUUUAUCCUACAUACAUAAACAGUAAAAGAACAUUACAAGAUGGUCGUAGAAUCCCAACCAGCAAGGCGGUGGACAAUCCAACAUAUGCUGAAAUUAAAGAUGUCAUAGCAGCUGCUGGACUGACUAUGGGAGUUGAGAAUAAAGUUUACCCCAGAGAAUUAGAUCAUCGAGACCCUAAAUGUAGAGGUAGAAUUAGAGUUCAACUAAAGAAUGAUGAUGGUUCUAUAAUGAAUGAGAAGUUUCCAGAUCGUAAAUCAAUUUUGUUAUAUUUAGCUGAAACCAUUCCUAAAUUAAAAUCAAGACAAUCAUCCUCCCAAGCCUCAUCCCAGAGUCAACCAUCUAAAAAUCAAAAACGUAAAGGAAAGAAGGGCCGGUGAAUGGGACAAUUAUGAAAAUUGAAAAUAGCAUUGUAUAUGUAAAGAAAUGGUAUGAUAAACUGUGUUUCAAAUUAUAUAUUUAAGGAUUACUGUAAAGUCUAGAGAUUAUACCAUUCUAGCUCAUUGGAAGCAUGCAAAAUUUAUCUUGACAGUUAAUUGCAUCAACCUAUUUUGAGCUCUUUAUUUCUCUCCUCAGUAAAGCUUUAUCAUUAAUUUCAUCACAAAUAUUAUUCAGAUCAGUUUUUACAGUGGGCUUAUCUUUCAUUUCUUUAUUGACUUGCUUUAUGAGCCCAGAUUUGACAGCAUGUUUGUCUGUUUGAUUUAUGUCAAGAAGAUGUAUCUGGGCUGUGGUCCAGUUUUCAAUAGGUAUGACCUGUAACACAGUAUCUGAAUUGUUCUUCUCUGAUGUUUAACAUGUUUUCAUUAUAAGAACAUUAGAUAGGAUGGCCCUCUUGUUAUAAUUGUAAAUAACACACAAGACAGAUUUGAUUGACAACAUGACAUGAUUUUAUUGUUUACAUAGUGUAAUGAUUUAUAUACAGUGAUAAAUAAAUUGUCUCUACCAGCAGAGAUACAUUUAAUUCUGUUUAAAUUAUCUGAAAUAUAAAUGUAAUGUUUUAUGGAUAAUGGUACUUGUACAUAAUAAAUAUUUCUUCAAAUUGCAGUAUGUUAUUUCUAUUUAGUUUAUUUAGGGAAAUUCAUGUGCUGUUUGUACAUAGUUAGCACAGGUUCACAAUUCUUUGAAACCUAAU